AGCGCUCUCUUUCCCACGUAUUCCAAAAUGUUCAAUAAUUCGCAGAAGCGGUCUACUGAGAGUCCCAUGGACUGGGAAUGGCAGACUCAAGGUCCAACUGAUCCCAACUCUCCAUUUAUGACCCAAACACCAAAGCGAGGAUUCGAAUCGCGCCCCCAGAGCUCCUUCAUAACUGCCUCUUCUAACCCAGCGCCUCCAUUCCGAAACCCAUCCUUUACCACCCCGCGAAAACCCUUCGACCAAGACCUCUUCUCCGAAGUCUCGGGUGCUGAAUCUUCCCCAGCGGACAACGCAGAUGCAGAGGAUACCCCCGAGCCCAAGUCCUCGAGAGCCAUGACGGCCUUUACGAGUGCGAAUUCCGAGAAGCAGCCCAUCUUUGGCCGGUACGGGGCCUCAUUCACUGGCUACAGUCCAGGAAGAGCCGAGCAGCGACGGAGCAGAUUCGGGAGCUCCAUCGCACACAAAGUACGGAAGCGCAAACGGGUCGAGAGGGACCACGCGGCGCUCGUAGGACUACGAGGCUCCGACUCGGACUCAGAGGAGGAUUCCAGACCCAAGAGUCGCGAGCAGAAGGCGACGGACGAGAAAGCUCAAGGAUGGCUCGCGCAACUGUUGACAGGGAUCGAAUCGCAUCCCAACCUUCCCAACGUGCUCUCAUUCUACGCCCAACUCACGCUGAAUUUCUUCUUCGUUGGCCUCGCUAUCUUCGGCGUCUGGACCUUCUGGUCGACGAUCAAGGGCGACGUGGAUAAGGCGUCGGAAGAAGCGACGGCAGCGGUCGUGGCCGAGAUGGCCAAGUGCGCUCGCGACUACGUUGACAACGGGUGCGCGAAACCCAACCGGCCACCGGCGCUCGAAGCUGUGUGUGAGAACUGGGAGCAUUGCAUGAACCGGGAUCCUAAUUCUGUCGGACGGGCCAAGAUCAGCGCGCACACGUUUGCCCAGAUCUUCAACAGCUUCAUCGAGCCGAUCAGCUACAAAGCCAUGAUCUUCGUCGUCCUCAUCGUCACCGUCUGCAUCCUCGUCAACAACCUCGCCUUCGGCAUGUUCCGAUCCAAAUCCCAUCCCCACCACCCAUCGCAACCCUACUUCCCCCCUCCUCCCUCAGCCGCCGCGCCCUACCAAUGGACCGCCGCCCCUCCACCACCUCAGACGCCCAUGCACACACAAACCUACGAUCUCUACUCGAACACGCCCUUCCCGCAGAUCAUGCCGAGUCAGACCCCGAUGAUGAGGAGUCCGAGUAAAAGAAGGAGAAGCACGAGUAGAGGCAGGAGAAGCCCUAGUAAAGGGGAGAGGACGUUUUAGAUUUUGCCCUCCCUCUUUUUUUUGAUUUGUUUGAGGGUUGAAAAGGUCUGGGCUGGUGUUUGGUGUUUUAAGGGAUGGGAUGGGAGGGGAGGGGAUGGGAGGGGAUAGGAUGGAUAGGUAGGAUAGGUAGGAUAUGAAUAUCCACAAAACAAAAUAGCAUCAUCGAUUGGUACAUGUACG